AUGGCCGAGGUCGGCGAGGACGGCGGGGCCCGCGCCCUGCUGGCGCUGCGCUCGGCGCCCUGCAGCCCGGUGCUGUGCGCCGCCGCCUUCCCGCCCGCCGCGCCCGCCGCCGCCCCGUCGCCGCCGCCGCCGCCCGCCCAGCCCCCGCCGCCCCCACCGCCGCCGCCGGGCGCGAUCGCGGGGGGCGCGGGGGGCGCGGCGGGCGAGGCCCUGGUGGCCGCGGCCGCCGCCUCGGUGCGCCGGAGCCCCGGGCCCGCGCUGGCGCGCCUGGAGGGCCGCGAGUUCGAGUUCCUCAUGCGGCAGCCCAGCGUCACCAUCGGCCGCAACUCGUCGCAGGGCUCGGUGGACCUGAGCAUGGGCCUGUCCAGCUUCAUCUCGCGGCGCCACCUGCAGCUCAGCUUCCAGGAGCCGCACUUCUACCUGCGCUGCCUCGGCAAGAACGGCGUCUUCGUGGACGGGGCCUUUCAGCGGCGCGGCGCGCCAGCCCUGCAGCUGCCCAAGCAGUGCACCUUCCGCUUCCCCAGCACGGCGAUAAAGAUCCAGUUCACGUCGCUGUACCACCAGGAGGAGGCCCCCGCGUCCCCGCUGCGGCCGCUCUACCCACAGAUCUCCCCGCUGAAGAUCCACAUCCCGGAGCCGGACCUCCGGAGCCUGGUCAGCCCCAUCCCCUCCCCGACCGGCACCAUCAGUGUCCCCAACUCCUGCCCAGCCAGCCCCCGAGGGGCCGGCUCCUCCAGCUACCGCUCCGUCCAGAACGUGACCUCCGACCUGCAGCUGGCCGCAGAGUUCGCCGCGAGGGCCGCCUCUGAGCAGCAGGCCGACACGUCCGGAGGGGACAGCCCCAAGGACGAGUCGAAGCCGCCGUACUCAUACGCUCAGCUCAUCGUGCAGGCCAUCUCGUCCGCGCAGGACCGGCAGCUGACUCUGAGCGGAAUCUACGCGCACAUCACCAAGCAUUACCCUUACUACCGCACAGCCGACAAGGGCUGGCAGAACUCCAUCCGCCACAACCUCUCGCUGAACCGCUACUUCAUCAAGGUCCCUCGCUCCCAGGAGGAGCCGGGGAAGGGGUCCUUUUGGAGGAUAGACCCUGCUUCAGAGGCCAAGCUGGUGGAGCAGGCGUUCCGGAAGCGGAGGCAGCGGGGCGUCUCCUGCUUCCGCACCCCCUUUGGGCCGCUGUCGUCCAGGAGCGCCCCAGCUUCACCCACCCACCCCGGGCUGAUGUCCCCGCGUUCCAGUGGCCUGCAGACUCCAGAGUGCCUGUCCCGGGAGGGCUCGCCCAUUCCACACGACCCUGACUUUGGGGCCAAGUUAGCUUCUGUUCCCGAGUACCGCUAUUCCCAAAGUGCACCCGGCUCUCCAGUCAGCGCCCAGCCGGUGAUUAUGGCCGUGCCACCCCGGCCUCCCAGCCUGGUGGCCAAGCCCGUCGCCUACAUGCCGGCUUCCAUAGUGACGGCCCAGCAGCCCUCAGGCCACGCCAUCCACGUGGUACAGCAGGCACCCCCCGUCACCAUGCUCAGGGUGGUCACCACCUCUGCCAGCUCCGCCAAUGGAUACAUUCUCACCAGCCAAGCUGCAGCGGGGGGUGCCCACGAGGCAGCAGGCACGGCUGUGCUGGACCUGGGCAGCGAAGCGAGAGGCUUGGAAGAGAAGCCCACCAUCGCACUCGCCACCAUCCCCGCCGCCAGCCGGGUGAUCCAGACGGUGGCCAGCCAGAUGGCCCCAGGGGUCCCCGGACACACGGUCGCCAUCCUGCAGCCUGCCACGCCGGUAACCCUGGGGCAGCACCACCUCCCGGUCCGGGCCGUCACUCAGAACGGCAAGCACGCCGUCCCCACAAGCAGCCUCGCUGGCAGCGCUUACGCCCUCACCAGCCCUCUGCAGCUCCUCGCGGCCCAGGCUAGCUCGUCCACACCGGUGGUGGUCACACGCGUGUGCGAGGUAGGGCCCGAGGAGCCAGCGGCAGCAGUGGCCACCAGCACAGCGCCCCCCACCGCCCCCUCCACCUCUCCCACUGGGGAGCCCGAGGUCAAGAGGUCCCGAGUGGAGGAGCCCUUGGGGACUGUGACCGCACAGGCUGGCGUGAUGGCAGCCGCUGGCCCACAGGGCCCCGGGACCGGGGAGUGACGUCGCGGCGUGGAGGUGGAGUGGGACAAACGCCAGACGGAGCUCUGGGGCCGGACCGGGGCGGCUGACCCCGCCACCUCUGGGACUGAGACGAGAAAGCUCCCCGCAGGCCAAGCGCAGGGCCACGUGGGCGGGCAGGACACCUCUAUCGGCACCCGGACACCCGUCCUCCUGCCCCCGCUCUGGUUUCAAACAAAAACACAUAAACGCGUUCAGUCAGCUGAUUGUACGAUUCUGGAAUUCUUUGUCUUCGUUUCCUUCUCCCCCCACCCCCACUGCCAGCACCGCCUUUUCUCCCCAGGCCUUUCGCCAAGGGCGUGGGGAGAAGGUCGCAGCCCAGUGUCUCCAGAAACGUAUCCAGGCGGCCCGGCCCCACACAGAAGCCAGGCUCCCAGAGCACCUUCACCCCAAGAUGGGAUAGAAGCACGGGCCGGGGGCGCCAGCCCUGUCUGUAAGAGACGGGACCCUGGCGAGAGAGACGCAGAGCCGCCAGCUGUCAGUCCGUCCCCAUCGCUGCUUCUUCUGAAGUGACACCAAAAGUGUCAGCUUUCGCUGGACGGAGGGGAGGGGUCUGGUCUGGCUUUGGGCCCCACGUUUCCGGUUUUGUUGAAAGGCGGAACUGAGGCUUCACUGACGGCCUGAGACAGACACAGAAGAGAUCACCAGUUCCUGAGGUUUCCACCCAAAGACAGUUUAACAGCUGGGUAGGUCUGGGUCUUCCCUGCAUCGGUCCCCACAGAGUGAACUCUUGCCGCUCCGUCUGCUAACUUCAAGGAAGACCGACGGCCUCCUGGACUGCACUCAAGGCAGAGAGCUGUUUGGAUGAGAGGCCCACCUGCAGCGUCCGCCCUCGUCCCGGCCACACCAGGUUGCUGGGGGCAGAAGGACGCGGCCGCCCCCGAGGGAGGACGGUCACACCAAGCGGCCUCGUUUCCUGCCGGCUCUGACAUCCAGGGGCCCUGCGGCUGCCCGCCCAGCCUCCUCACCAGCUGCCAGGGUUUCUACUGCCCGACAGCCUGCCUGCCAUGACUGACCAGAACCGGCUCUGCGGCCCGUGGCGCCGGAGGCCCCAGGCUGGGCCCCCAGCCCUCACCAGCUCGGGGGCCCUCGGGAGCCUCAGGCAGAGCAGGGCACCUGCAGUCCUUCAAGUCUCGGGAGAGCACUCUCAGGAAACGUUCAGCGCAUCUCUGUGAAGGGUGGUUAGACCUGGCCUGGUGUCAGCCGGGCCCCGGAAGUCCCCAUGGACAUGGGCUCCCCGCUUCCAAACCGCCAUCACAGCUGCAGGGCCGGGCGUGCAGGCCACUUGCACCGCCAAGGUUGUCCCCAGGCGCCCCUCGGGGACCAGCGUGGAGUGUCCUUCCUCCAGCCCGGUGUCCACUCAGCCCGCAGGCCAGGUGCGUCCGUGCCGCCAACCCUCACCCUACGUCAUGGCCGUGGUGCCCCUGUGAGGUCAGAGACAGGAGGACUGGCGCCCAGCUCUGCGCCCAUGCCGCCCUGGCGUUCUCUGUGGAGUCCCAUCUGGUGUGAGUGCGGAGCGUGAGACUGAACGGGUCGAGACGGGCAUCCGGGCACCGCCAGGCUGGCUCUGCAGGUCCUGGGCAGGGCUAGGGGGCCGUCGUCUCUUUCUCUUCCGUCGCUGCUCAGCCCUGGGACUGCGCGGGUCUCGCUCAGAUGCCUUCUUGCUCACAGACCAUCCUCCACACCACAGCUCACCUCCCACGGAGACAGAUGCCAGGCCAGCCGGGCCAAAGGACACGCCCAGCCCCGGCCCCUCUGCCUGGCCUGACCAGUCUGGCCGGACCCUGUGUUCUCCUGAUUUCCGAGGCAUUUUGGUUUCUCUGUGUUACCAUGGACUCCCUCACGUUGUACCCUGGCGGUGGUUCAGGGAGAAAGAAGUGGAGGCGGGGCCGUGGCUGGAACUGGGAGGGAGAUGGGACGGGGUGUCCUCAGUGACGCUCUGCCACGUGCCUAACACAUGCCUUUUCAGCUCCUUCUGAGCAGAAGGGACCCUGUGGGGCCAGGUCCAGGGGACCAGCCACUCCAGGUUCCUGGUGAGCCUCUGGGUGGGCUUUUGGUCAUCUCCCCAGAUGGCCUGUGGCGCCCACCAGCACUCAUCCUGAGACCAAGAGGCCAGGAGUGGGCAGCUGUCCAGGAAAGAUGCUGCUGUAGCCAGAAAGAUCUCUGGUGUCCUUGGAGACCCCCAGACCGUGGGGCCACACCUGCCCGCGCCACACCCAUCUGCAGGAGCAGCCAGGAGAGCCAGCAGCUGUGGUUUUCCACACACCCAGGUGUGGCACGUGGACCGACCCACCCAAGGCUGGGAAAUAAAAAGGUAACCUGGCUUGAUGCUGGGGCCACGGCCGCCUCAGAUCACCCAGGGGCUGAACUCCACAGAGGGUCGGCCGGGUGGGUGUGCUCGGGCCUGUCAUCACAGCCGCUCCCUCCAUCCGAAUACCAGGCCCACCUGUCCGGCUGUACUCGACCUUUCCCAGCGCCAGAUACAGGAGGGCGCCGCUCUGCACAGCAGGGCAACACAAAAAUCCCUGCCUUACCCCGCUGAGCGGCCUGCCCUCUGGCCAGUGUCACCUGCUCGCGGGCCCAGGGUGGACGCUGAGUGUCUCUCAUCUGCAACCUGCGUCUCUCUGUGAAGCUCUGGGUCACCUGGCGCUGUCGGGCAGAGCCUGUGGUCGGGGUUCAGACCAUCUGUCCUUCCCCCCACCCCCCUGGGAUCCCCUGUGAGGUCGGAGCAGCACUAGGGGGCCCCCCCGGGCUGGACAUCGGCACCUCCGACCCCCUCGGCUGCAAGGGGCCCUCAGGCUCUUUCUGCCGCCUGGUUGGCUCACGUUCGCGGUUUGCCAUUUGUGGGAGGUGGUUUUUUCUGCUUCAGAAUUAAGCCAAAUGGAGAAGGUGAAAAGCGGACUUCUGAGCUGCCAAUCAACGCUCAUUGGUGAUUCUCAGGCGGGAGGGGGUGGGCUUGGUGGGGCCACCAGGCUGCUGGCUGCUUAUCCGGACCCCGCUGGGCCUGGAGGGAGAUUGGUUUAGGUCGCAGCAGGUCUUGUUCGGCUGGCGCGCUUACUUCCCCUAAAGAAAGGUCUGCCUGGACCAGCCAGGGUGAGCCGCCCGGCUCCCGAGGCGCGUCCCAAGGUCUCUAGACAGAAACUUCUUCACUGACCCCUUGAAAUUCAGGAGGAGACAGAAACUUCUGGAUUUUUCCUUUGGUCAGUUUCUUCCUUUUUGGAGGCAAAGAAAAGACCGAAUGUGAGCGUGUGUUAGAGAAGAGGGUCCUUCGCGCGGCUCCUUUUGGGUUUAGACUGAAGGGCGGUUGAGGCCGGAGAAGGAGCUGUCUUCUUCCCAAGCCCCAGGUUCUGCUUUGCCCCGAGACGGCUUCGUCUGAGAUGGGGCGCUGCCGAGCCCCCGGGAACCGGCCUCGGGCGCCGCCAAGCUGACGGCUGCCCUCCCCGGCUUCAGUGCAAGAAGGAAUGGACGGAGCUGCUAGGCAGGCCCCGGGGCGGUGGGGGGCGGAGCCAGCGGGAGCCACGCCCUCGCGGCCCGCAGCUCCAGGCCGUCCUUGGGGAUACCUCUGCCCAGAAGCGAAGUGACCUACCGCGCGGCGUUCACCUUAUUCACACGUGCUGCUACGAGGCGGGGACGGGCCCCAGAAGGAGGGAGGCUUCUGUCCGCAGUCCUCAGGCUGCUCUCACGCGUGAACUCCUCUCAUCUCACCCGUCCCUUCCUCCAGGCCUCGUCUCCAUCGCGCCGACCCGCCCUUCCCGCCGGGCCGGCCUCUUGCCUCGUCUCUUACCCCCAGAAGCUGCUCCCCCCGGGGCCAAGGGCCGGUCUGGGCCAUCAGUCACCACGCAGCCCCUGGGGUGGCUUCGUCCGACCGUGAGGGGCCCACGCGGAGGUGCAGCUGCACUGCAGGGUGUUGUGUUUGACGCACACCGCGAGCGUCUGCUCUGAAUGGAAACAGAAAGUGGGCCCGUUGGCCGAGUGUGUUUAGGGAAAGUAGUUUUGCUCUUCUGCUGAGAAGAAUGGUCACUUGCCGAGUCGUCGGUGCCCCACCCCCCGCACCACCACCGGGUUGUCUGGGCGUCCCUGCGGAAGGCCUGUCCGCUGGGCUCCGGCCUUGGCUCAGCUCUGCCCCCGCCCGCGGGGUCAUCCCCUCCUGUCCUCAUGCCCGGGAGCACGGGACUCAGCAGAGAAGAGAGGCUGGAAGGGUUCAUGUCUCUGGAUUUGACAAGACCCCCCUCUGUCCCCAUCACGUCCCAGUGAAUGUCCCAGCAGCCGCCGAGAGGUCUGUCUGCAACACUUGCCCUGGCCCCGCCCCCAGCUGCAGGCCUGGCCCCGCCCAGUGACCCUGCCCACCGCCCGUGACAGGAGGCUUCCUGCGGGCUCAGCCAUGACCAGGAGGGACUCUGUGCUAUGUCUUCACGCGGCCCUGAGGUGGAGAUUGCUUCAAGUAGGCAAGCCUCAGGGUGUUCAGCGUCUUUUCCUCUCUCUCAGUAUUCAAAAAAAGACAGGGGGCUGCGGGCACUUUCUAGGCAUCUUCCUUUUUCUCCAGGGAAGUAUCUUGCUCAGAGGAUUUCCUUCAUUCCUUGGACCUGCUUGUCAUGCUGGAAGCAACUGGGUAAAGGUCCUGAGAAGGCAAAUUUGGCAGGGGGAGGUGGGGAGCUCCAGCAGACAGGUUUCUCUACUUUGGUUGAUGGGCUGAACGCUGGCUGCAUGGGACCCCCUCACCCCCACCCCCAGCCCUGACGAGCCAGGGGGUCUUCAGGUCACACCCUCCAUCACCCUUUUGCUUCCAAGGGAGACAAGAGGUCUCCAAGCUAUACUCUCUCUUGCCCCAGAUCCGUUAAGGGUCAGAAUUGGAAGAAUUCUAGUUCAUUAUUGUUUGAGAUCCUUUUUCUGCAAUCAGUGGCUCAUUGGACUCAUCCAAAUAUUUAUUGGUGGUUCACUCUACAUGAGAAACAGUAAGAAGUGCAGGGGAGUCCAGACCUGAGAGGAAUGUAGCUGUUUAGCACUGUGACCACCCCCCCCCCCCGGGCUACCAUCGUGUUGGUCCGACUCACUAAAGAUUCCAUGCUGCUCAUGUGAAGGUUUUUCUUAGUUGCUGGUGGCUCAGCUGGUAAAGAAUCCGCCUGCAAUGCAGGAGACCUGGGUUCGAUCCCUGGGUUGGGAAGAUCCCCUGGAGAAGGGAAAGGCUACCCACUCCAGUAUUCUGGCCUGGAGAAGUCCAGGGACUGUAUAGUUCAUGGGGUAACAAAGUCGGACACAACUGAGCAACUUUCACUUACUUAUUUACUUACUUUCUUAGCUGCAGUGAUAAGACUGGCCCCUCUCAAGCGUUGCCAUGACCCCCAAGGAAUGUUAUGAGCUGUCCCCAAAUUCUGAGCAUAUUGGCUGAGCUGGAAUGAGGUUCAUGAACCUGAAAUGGAUUUCUCGUGCAUGAAGUUAACUGGCCAAAAGGCUACGGAACUACGCCUGUGGCUUCUUAAGACGUUAGCCUCUAAAUUUCUGAGUUGUUAUCCAAAAAAUAAUUGUAAUAAGUAAAAAUAGGAUUUAAAAUCAAACAUUCUUAAGUCUGGCCUCUCCCAGCUUCCUUCCAGGAUGGGCUUUCUGGGUACCCGGUCAAGGGGGACCGACCCUGCUCCGUUUCUGCUUUAGGACAGGGACAAGGAGGAGAGAUGAAAGUGGGUCCUUGAUUCUUGCUUAUAUUCAGACCCAGAUCCCCGGCAGCUUGGUGCACAUGGGCAAGGGAUAAACCCAGCACGGAUUGUGUUUUCUUAUCUGACUGACAAUUAGCCUGCAAAGGCCCUUCAGCGGGGGCGGGUGUUGUUAGGGGGCGUGUGUUGUUAGGGGGCGUGUCUGUGUGCUUUUUUUUUUUUCAUGGUGGCUGUCUAAAGUUUUUUCCACAAUACGUUUAAUCAUCAGUGCUUUAAAAGAGUGGCGGUAUCCUGUAGAGUGUGAAUUAGGCUCCGUGGCGUGUUGGGCGGGAGGCUGAAGUCGCGUCGCGUGGCCAUGGUUCACCAUCCGCAUGUGGGCUCUAGCCUCUGGGGCACCCAGGAGGGACACAUACACCCCAGCACCUUGGCAGGGUGGGGGGAGGGGUGCAAGCAGGCAGGACCCACCUCAGCUAGGCCGGCCUGCGUUUUCAUUUCAAAUGGGAUACAGUAUUUUUUUUUUAAUAAGGAGCCAUACAUUUUUUAAAAAAUGUUUGAGAUCUGAAUGUGAUUUCUAAUUGUACCAGACGUUAAUGUUUUAAAGCUAUAACAAAGUUUAAAAUUUCUACCUUUUUUUUUCCAUUUAACUGUUCUUUUAUCUAUUAAAUUGUUGUAUGUGGACGGGGAAGUUUUGUCUUUCCUCUUAGCAUUUGUUUCUAUAACCAGAAAUAAAAUUAUAUAUUAAAGAAACGA